AUGAACAAAGAGCCGCUUCGCUCAGCCAGAGCCGCCUCCGCGGAUCCCUCGGCCCAGCGCCCUCGCAGGGACCCAGCGCGCUGCCGGCGAUGCUGCACAACGGGCAGGAUCCCAACGCGCCCGGUCCCCGGCACCAGGAGCCUGCUGUUCACCCCACUAAGGGUGUCGGACGACUCUGAUCCAGACGAGUGCCCGUGGACUGGAGUGAGGCCCACUUGGCUAGCCAGAAAGAAUGCAGCAGAGAAGGUUAGGAAUAUCAGAGACCAGUCCAGGCUGGCGAAUCUGAAGGCCUCCUUCCCCCUCUGCAGGGUAGUGACCACCAAUACAUACCCUGGGGAGGAGCCAGAGAAGACCAGAUCCCAGCACAUCGAAUCCCCUCCGCCCCCGCCGGCCACUCGGGGCAGCCGGGCGGAGAUGCAACAAGAAAGGCCUGCUUCAGCCCAGAAGCCCGUCCGGCGGAUCCCCUCGGCCCAGGCGCCCUCGCAGGGACCCCAGCCCGCGCUGCCCGGCCAUUGGUCUCCCGCGAAUGGGGAACACUGCGUCCAGGAGCCCGGCGGCGGCCGUCUGGCGGCGGCCCGGUACCGAUGGUUUGGAGAUGUGCGAGGGUGGAACUCGUUGUCGGUGCAGCGGCAGAAGUCAGGGGGAGCGCGAGCGGAUCGCGCCCGGCCGAGCCUUCUUUCCCGCCGAGCCGCCGUCGGGCUCACCGCCUCUCCCUCCGCUGCGGAGCAUGGCGGCCGCCCCCGGCCCCGCCCGGCCGGGAGCGUCUUCGGGACGACGCGUGAGGACCCUCACCUCGGCGAGCAGACCAAAGUGGAAGACUUGGUGCAAGAGGUUUUCAGUGCUUACAAGACGAACCACCACACCUCACAAUUUGUUCUGCAGCGCGAGAAGCAUUUCCACUACUUGAAGAGAGGCCUGAGACAACUGACGGACGCCUAUGAGUGCCUGGACGCCAGCCGCCCCUGGCUGUGCUACUGGAUCCUGCACAGUUUGGAGCUGCUAGACGAGCCCAUCCCAGAGUCUGUGGCUUUGGAUGUCUGCCAGUUCCUAAGCCGGUGCCAGAGUCCCAGUGGUGGGUUCGGAGGAGGGCCGGGCCAGCACCCCCAUCUCGCUCCCACCUAUGCCGCUGUCAAUGCUCUCUGCAUCAUCGGCACCGAAGAGGCCUUCAACGUCAUCAACAGAGAGAAGCUCUUGGAGUAUCUGUACUCACUGAAACAGCCCGACGGCUCCUUCAUCAUGCAUGUGGGAGGCGAAGUGGAUGUCAGGAGCGCAUACUGCGCCGCCUCAGUGGCUUCGCUGACCAACAUAAUCACACCCACGCUCUUCGCAGGGACUGCCGAGUGGAUCGCAAGGUGCCAGAACUGGGAGGGUGGCAUUGGCGGAGUCCCGGGCAUGGAGGCCCACGGAGGAUACACUUUCUGUGGCCUGGCAGCGCUGGUCAUUCUGAAGCAGGAGGACUCACUGAAUCUGAAAUGUUUGUUACACUGGGUCACGAGCCGGCAGAUGCGCUUUGAGGGCGGUUUCCAGGGCCGCUGUAACAAGCUGGUGGAUGGCUGCUACUCGUUCUGGCAGGCGGGCUUGCUGCCCCUCCUCCACCGAGCACUGCAUGCCAAAGGCGACCCUGCCCUCAGCAUGACGAACUGGAUGUUCGACCAGCAGGCACUGCAAGAGUACAUCCUCCUGUGCUGCCAGUGCCCUGCCGGGGGGCUGCUGGACAAGCCGGGCAAGUCGCGGGAUUUUUAUCACACCUGCUACUGCCUGAGCGGGCUGUCGAUAGCCCAGCACUUCGGCAGCGGAGACCUGCUUCACAAGGUGGUGCUGGGAGUUCCUGAGAAUCGCCUGCAACCGACGCACCCAGUGUACAACAUCUCCCCCAACAGAGUGGUGCAGGCGGUCAUGCACUUCCUGCGGCAGCCUGUCCCCGGCACGCCGGCAGCGGAGGCGGCGACGGGGGCUGCUGGAGACUAGAUGCGGCCGCUCCCUUCACGGAGGCUGUACAGACGGGCUCUCCUUGAGUCGGAGCGCAGCGCGGAGCCCACCCUGUGGGGCGAUCUUUGUGGUGGGAGAGCGGGGCAGACAGAGCGCUCCCCCCUUGGGCUGGUGUGAGCUCAGGGCACUAACCAGAUCAAAACUAGCCACGCCGCCCCCCUGCCAUAGGCACACGUGGGCCCAAGGCCCCACUGACCUUCCUGCCAGGAGCAAAGCUGUUCUGAAAUAACGGGCUGUGAAUGUUUUAGCAUCAAUAAACCAGAACUGGUUCCUUGGCACCAUA